CCUACCCCCAAAUAGUUCUACUCAUGCUUUUCAGGGUGGGAGCAAAAAAUGUUGACUGGCUAAAAUUAAAAAGUAAUUUCUGAUUUUGAAAAGUCCCAAACUGGGAUCCGAACACCCGUUUCUGUAAUUUCUUUUGCACGGAGGCUUUUUAGGACAAGAUCAGAGAUUCAGAAUCAUAUAACUUUCCCGGUUUAUCGUUUUGAGUUUUCCUGCGAAACAAACAAAACAGAGAACCACAAUACCAAAACAAACGUGCUUAAGUUCUUUUUUUGACCCAUUUAAGAUUACUUCAUUUGGAUCUCCGAUUUGUACCAUUUUUUCGUGAUCUGUUUCUGAUUCAUGGCUGGCCGUUACGAUUCCAAUCCUUUCGCGGAACAGGAAGUGAACCCAUUUGCUAAUCCUGGAAGAGUUCCCCCUGCUGCAAACUCAAGGCUUUCACCGCUUCCUCCUGAACCUGCUGACUAUGACCGUGGAACUACAGUUGAUAUCUCCCUUGAUGGUGCAAAGGAUUUCAAAAUGAAGGAGAAGGAACUCCAAGCUAAGGAGGCUGAAUUAAAGAAGAGGGAGCAGGAAUUGAAAAGGAGGGAGGAUGCUAUGGCACGGGCUGGAGUUGUCAUAGAGGAGAAAAAUUGGCCACCCUUUUUUCCAAUCAUUCAUCAUGAUAUUGCAAAUGAAAUUCCAAUCCAUUUACAAAAGUUGCAGUACAUUGCAUUCACAACAUUGUUGGGUUUGACAGGGUGUCUUCUGUGGAAUAUUGUAGCAGUUACCUUAGCCUGGAUCAAAGGAGAAGGUCCAACAAUUUGGUUUCUUGCUAUUAUCUACUUCAUAUCAGGUGUUCCAGGGGCCUAUGUGUUGUGGUAUCGUCCUCUUUAUCGUGCAAUGAGGACUGAUAGUGCUUUGAAGUUUGGGUGGUUUUUCUUGUGUUACAUGGUCCACAUUGUCUUCUGCGUCUUUGCCGCAGUUGCUCCUCCAAUUAUCUUCAAGGGGAAAUCUCUCACGGGAAUCUUGCCUGCAAUAGAUGUUUUGAGUGAUCAUGCUAUUGUUGGGAUUUUCUACUUUAUUGGAUUUGCAUUUUUCUGCCUAGAGUCACUGAUCAGCAUCUGGGUGAUCCAGCAAGUAUACAUGUACUUCAGGGGCAGUGGCAAAGAAACUGAGAUGAAGCGCGAUGUUGCAAGACGGACUAUGAUGGCAGCGAUGUGAUCUGGCACCGAGGACCGAGACUAACUAAGUUGUGAACAGAUUCUUUGAUUGGAUAAUUGCUGAGACAUCGAGAUCAUUUGCUAUAUUCUUAUACUUCUCACUGCCUGCUUCAAUAUUGAUUUCUGCAUGGGAUUUCUUAAAUUAUAUGAGAACGACAGACCUCGGACUAAAAAAGCUUAAUUCAGGACAUGUUAGUUUUGGGAGUCAUAGUGGCCUGUGAGGCCAAUCUUCAUAUUGUAUUCAAAUUCAAUAUUAGAUGCUGUAUAUAUUGUUCAUAUUUGCAGAUGACAAAUGUGCUUUACGAGUUACGACAAUGAUUCAGCUUAAUUUGUUUCUCA